CGCCAGCGCUCGGGGCAUGCGGCGUCGGCCUCUGCGCAGCGGCCGCGGCUAUGAGGCUGUCGGCGAGGAGCCUCCGCCCGCCGCCUGGCCCUUUGUUUCCUAGGGGCAGCGUCUGCCUUUCCUCUCCGCCCUCCUCUCUUUACUCGCCGCCCUUGAUGGCAGGGGCGGUCUGAACCCGCCUGAAGGGUGGAGGAGGAGGAGCUGCUGCCCCGCUGCCCAGGAUGCGAUGGGGAACUGCUGGGCGCAGUGGUGCUGCGGGCACUUCUUCCGGAGGGAAGCCAGCCGGCUUCAGCGAGGCGGAGGAUCAAAGUAUUUUAGAACAUGUUCAACAGGAGAACACUUCACUAUAGAGUUUGAGAACCUCGUGGAAAGUGAUGAGGGGGAAAGCCCAGGAAGCAGUCACAGACCUCUGACUGAGGAAGAAAUUGCUGACUUGAAAGACAGACAUUAUGACUCCAUCGCUGAAAAGCAGAGAGUUGUUGAUAUGAAACUUCAGUCAGAGUUAGCCUUACAAGAGGAGAAGUUAAGAAUAGAAGAGGAGGCUUUAUAUGCUGCACAACGUGAAGCAGCCAGGGCAGCAAAGCAGAAAAAGCUCUUGGAGCAACGUAGACAGCAAAGGAUAGCGCAGAGGGCUCAUGUUGUUAAUAAUGGAGAACAUCAGAGCUCUGUGGCAGAGGAAGACCUUGAUUUUUUCUUAAGAAAUACAAAAUUCCAGUAUGAAGCUUUUCGAAGUAGUAGACUUUCUUCUGAAGCCACAGUGCUGACACCCAACACAGAGAGCAGUUGCGACUUAAUGACCAAAACAAAGUCGACGAGUGGAAAUGAUGACAGCACUUCAUUGGAUUUAGAGUGGGAAGAUGAAGAAGGCAUGAACAGGAUGAUUCCAAUGAGAGAACGCUCCAAAACAGAAGAAGAUAUACUCCGGGCGGCACUGAAAUUUAAUAGCAAGAAGACAGGAAGUCAUCCAGCUUCAGCCUCUGAUGAUUCUAAUGGACUGGAGUGGGAGAAUGACUUUGUCAGCGCCGAAAUGGAUGAUAACGGCAAUUCAGAAUAUGCGGGAUUUGUAAACCCUGUACUAGAUUUGUCUGUGUCAGAUGUAAGGACAUCUGAUUCUGAUCACCAAGACAGAUAGUGAAACUGCCUGGCCCUUGUUUAUGACCAAAUGUUGAAAAGUGAAAUAGAAUGUACAAAACCAAUUUGUUCUUUUAUAACAUGGUUCCCUUUUUUCUUAUAACUGGAUCAGCAAGGAAUGGGAAUGACUUGCUAUCUGAAUUAAUUCAGAACUAAGUGCAAUUUUAUCAUCUACCUUUUAAACUUUUAUGAGAACUGGGAUGAUUCUAUUGUGUAUAUUUCUGGAUACCUGGAUUUAAUAUAAAAUUGUCUGCACUAAUUUAAGCUUCAUAGCUUGACAUAUCUAUAUUUUAACUAGCCUUUUUUUCUGGGUGAUGUUUCUACUGAUUUUGUUUUUAAAAUUCAUCAUUGGCUUAACAUUUAUCUCAGAAACAGUCUUAUAUAGUUUAUCUAAUACUUGAAUAUAGAAAAAUAAUUUUAAAAAUAAUUAUUUCCAAUAUGUGCUUUUUGACUUGUUCUUUAGCUAUUUAGAGGGUGUAUUUAGCCAGUUGCAAAACAGAUUUCACACAUGGUAAAUUGCAUUUUUCCUGGUCUAGCUUCUAGUCUUCCUGGCCUUGUGUUGUCCUCUUUCCAUUUUUUUUUAAUUACUUUAUGCUAAGCACAUAGUGCUAAGCACAUAACCUCAAUAAAUGUAGUAUAAAUCACCAGGUUAAGGUAAGAUCCUAUGUUGUAUAAUAUGUCAGACUUAGUAAGCGUGUGCUAGAUUAGAGUAACAACUAUAAAAAUACUUUGUGUGUCAAACUGGAAAUUUUUAACCAGUAUCUAGUGGAGAACGGGGAGGACCAAAGUCUUGAUUUCUCCACCAACCCCAAACAGACCAACAUCUGUUAUUUCCAUGAUCCUUACAACUAUUUUGUUGUCGACUGGAACAAUGAUUGAGAAGGAUUGUUCCCUGAGCAAACUGGGGCUUAUUGCUCUGCUGUUGGGGUGGGGAGAACAAGAACCUAAAGACUGAAUUCUUAUAGCUGCAUUUUAUAAAGAAAAACAAGAAGUUCCAGUUACAAAAUACUGUAUUUAAGUGCUCUAGCUUUCCCGUGCCUCUAAACUGGGUGGCUAAUGCUGCUGCUAUGGACUGAAAUUCAAGGAGGUGUUCAGUUACUGCAAAUCUGGUGUAAUGUUUCCUGUGGUCUCCCCUGGGAUUUGAUGUGUUUUACUUACCAAAAAAACCCCAAAUAAACGAUUCACUAAAGAGAAAGGGCAAAGCGCUUGUAGAUCUCAAGCUUUUCCCAAAGUUUCAGUAAAGCCAUUCUCCUCUACUGUUACUUUGUGUAGCUGUCUUGUUUUUCCCUGAAAAAAAGGGGGACAGGGUGUAACUUCACCAGUGUGGAGUAAAAGCAACAUCCUAUUUUAAGCAGUCAGUCUGCAUCGUCAUCAGAACUGAAUUUGUUAGUGCAAAUUGUGUCCCUUUUUUAGAUCUAAACCUAUAGAUAAUGUUAGGGGCACUCCAGCAUGGCCCUCUUCAAGAUAACAUGAACAAAAAUACUGCACACUUGGAUUAAAUUGGUACAAAUAGCAACACUAAUAAACAGAGAACAUAAUUUUGAUAACAUUCCAUUUAUUAAUUUAAAUUGUAGCUAUGUCAUUGAAAAUAUUUUAAUGUAAUUAUCUACUAUUGCAAGGCCUGUAAUAAGCUUUAAAAAUUUGUACACAUCAGAUGUAUAUUUUUUGGUUUGGCAUAGGCUACUACUGUGUAACUUCUCCUGAAUGUUUAUUUGUAUAAUAUAUUCCUAUGGAAAUGAAGGCAACUUUCUCAACAUGUAAAUAACACCUUUUUUUACCUGAUGAAACUGUAACUUAACCCUGCAGUGGUCACUGACUAGGAAACGUGAGGUUAAGUUGUUCUGACUAAACUAGCUGAUAGUCCUGCAAGCAUUUAGGAAAAAGGAAUCUGGCUCCAGCUGAAGGCUUUUACUGUGGUGGGCAUGUUUUGUAGCCAUGUUUAACAGCAUUCCACUUUUCAGAAUUCUGUGCAGCACAUGGACGGACUUCGGAAAUUAUGGUUACUAUCUGUGGAAACUUAAGAAAUGGAAAGACGAUAUAAACAACUUGUGAAAUGAUUCAACAGUCCUGUAAAAUGUGUAUCUGUACAAAUUUUAGAAGUCAUUAAAAUUUUCAGUCAGUCUUA